AUGAAAUCGUCUUCUGAGAAACACUUUCGCUGUACUGUCUGCCAGCGAGGCUUCACGCGAAUCGAUCAUCUGAAGAGACACCAACUUCGUCACUCCGGACUGAAGCCUUACUCGUGUGUUUUCUGCAAUGAGGCCUUUGCGCGCUGUGAUAAUCUCCGGGACCACUAUGCGGACUGCGCAAAACGCGGGGACCAGAAAAUCCCGGAAACCGGCCAGAGAGGCAGACGGCGGCAUGCGUGUCAACCAUGCAUGUCGAUGAAGCUUCGCUGCGAUGGAUCGAAUCCCUGUGGUUCGUGCCAGAAACGGAACGUGGAGUGCGUUAAGGAACAAAAGCCUGGCUCACAAAAAUCCCCGUUAUCAGAUAGCCAGUCUACAAGUACAACCCACUCUGCGCUUGCACCCCGCAAUAUUUACGAACCGUCAUCUGAUCGCGGGUCGAUCAAGUUCCUCCUCAAUGGAGGCACCGACAGCUUUACCGAACACUUCCACCUUCCGCCACAUACUGAUAGGGCCCGGGGCUUGGAAUACCAUAACCAAAAGGGGUUUGAAGAGGCUGAGAUGUCAAUCCUUGGGUAUCCUGAAAGAAGCGAUCAGCCGGGCUAUGCACCAGAGUUUGUCGAGUCAGACCUGUCUGCUCAGUCUUUUUUCCAGGAUACCUUUAUCAAUUUCUUUCAAGGUCCGUUUCCACUUGGCGAACCACCAAGAACAUUGGACGAGCACUACAGAAGCGAAACUCCCUACGAUCCUUUAGUGCCCCAAGGGCAACCAUCACACGAACCGGAGAAGCCGUUUGCUAUGGCACUGAUUCAAGCAAUAUUAUCUAGAGCCUGGACGGUCCCCCUUGAACCUAAGGUUCAGGAAGAAAUAUCCAUGGAUAUUCAUUUUUUAUUGACGACUGCCCGCAUUCGAAAAUUCGUCUCGCUAUACUCCAGGUUCUGGCAUCCCAAUUGCCCGCUCGUCCACAUCGCAACCUUUGAUCCCGAAAUUGCCUCAUUGCCCUUGCUCACAUCUAUCGUUUUUAUGGGCGCCAUAUACUCGGAUGACAUGAGGGAGUCGGUUGCCGCUAAGAGGGUUCUUGAUUUCGCAGAAUUGUUUGUGUUCUCGAGUCACGUUUUUGCGUCCGAGCAUGAUAUUGGCGCUAGCUUUCGUACGGAACACCGCAUGGAUGAUGAGCCGAAUGAACUGGUUCAACUGCAGGACCUCCAAGCAGGGUACAUCAUGACUGUUACACAAUAUUGGGCAGGUAGUCGUGUUUCGCGAAACCGCGCGAUGGAGACCCUUUUCAAUCAGGUUGUCAACGCUUCGCGUAGACUUGGUCUUUCCAAGUGUCGUCACCAACGACAAGAUCAGUUCCACGAGUCUUUGUGGAUUAAAACAGAAUCUCGUAUUCGUAUCAUGGUCAUGAUAGCCCUGAUCGACUCUGCGUUCUCAUUCUUCCAGAAUUACCCGUGUCGCCUGGCGCAUGUUGAGAUGGAUUUUGAUCUUCCAUGUGAAGAGAGCCUCUUCAAUUCUGUCCAUCCAUUCUCAGAACCGAAUUUCCGCUUCUCUCGAAAUCUCACCGUCUCAGAAGCUUUCCAGAGUCUAUUCGAGGAGUGCCCAGAGGAUCCACUUCGUCCUCCCUCCCCGUCCCUUACGCAAAACAACGUCGGUAAUCCUUUGGCUUUCACAGUAUUCGACAUGUUUCUUCUAAUACACUUGCUAUACGCUUUCAUAAACACCCACAUGACCCUCCUAAUCCCCAUCCUACGAAAAUACCAAACAUCAAAGUCACCCAGCACAAUCCCAGAUGAUUCCAUCCUAGCAGCAAUCCGCACAGCCCUAUCACGAUGGCGCGACAACUGGGUGACAUUACAUAACCAAUUACCAGGAGAUCAAUGGGCGUCUAUGGGUUUCUACAAGAAUGGAUACAACUUCUGGCUUGUUUCGCAAUUGCUUAUCACCAAGAAGGAAAGCGUGGAUGUGGUGAUGCGGAUGGAGGUGAAGUGUGAGGAUAAAUUGGAGAAGCUGAAGGUGCUUCUUAUGGAUGAGUAG